AUGAACUUGAACUUGUAGUGGAUGCUUAACUAGCUAAACCAGUGGGGGUAUCACCAUUCACCACCAGAAUAACCACCACUGCCAGAUCGGAAAAAAUUAGGGUUUGAGAGAGAGAGAGAGAGAGAGAGAGAGAGAGAGAGAGAGAGAGAGAGAGCAAUGGAUCAAUCGUUCCUGGUGAUGCUAUCGAACCUCCUCCACCUCCACAACUCCCUGGACCCCACAACCUCCCUCCUCUCCGACACACUCUCCUCCGCCACAACAGCCGCUGCCGCCUCCUCCUCCUCUCCUUCAUCCCCAACCUCCCUCCUCUACUCCUCCUCCAUCGCCCCCCUCCUCUUCUUCACCAUCGCCUCCGUCCUCUCCUACGUCGCCUCCACCCGCCCCUCCUCCUCUGCCGCCACCACCACGUCCUCCCCCUCUCCCCCCUCCUCCACCACCUCCACCUCCUCCCCGAACCACCCCAACUACUCCGUCUCCGCCUUCCGCGCCCUCUCAACAGAACACAUCUGGUCCCUUGAGGCCCCACUCCGCGACGCACAGUGGCGAUCCCUGUACGGACUCUCCUACCCUGUCUUCACAACCGUCGUUGAUAAGCUCAAACCUCACAUCGCACUCUCCAACCUCUCUCUCCCUUCAGAUUACGCCGUCGCCAUGGUUCUCUCCAGACUCUCCCACGGCCUAACCGCCAAAACCGUCGCCUCUCGCUACUCCCUCGACCCUUUCCUCGUUUCCAAGAUCACCAACAUGGUCACGCGCCUCCUUGCCACAAGGCUCUACCCUGAAUUCAUCAAGAUCCCUGUCGGCCGCCGCCGCCUCCUCGAAACCACCCAGGCCUUCGAGGAGCUCACGUCGCUGCCCAAUAUGUGCGGCGCAAUAGAUGCUACUCCGGUCAAGCUUCGCCACAAUCGUCGCCGCGCCAAUAGGGUUCCUCAGUCCUACCGCUGCCGCCAUGGAUUUAACUCCGUGCUUCUACAGGUUGUUGCAGAUCACAAGAGGAUAUUUUGGGACGUUUGUGUUAAGGCACCGGGUGGCACUGACGACGCCACUCACUUUAGGGAUAGUUUGCUUUACAGUAGGCUUACCUCCGGUGACAUUGUUUGGGACAAGGUGAUCAAUGUGAGGGGUCACCAUGUGAGGCCUUACUUUGUUGGGGACUGGUGUUUCCCUUUGUUGCCGUUUCUUUUGACGCCGUUUUCGCCGAAUGGAAUGGGGACGGCUGCGCAGAACCUGUUCGAUGGAAUGCUUAUGAAGGGGAGGUCUGCAGUGGGAGAGGCAAUUGGGCUGCUGAAAGGGAGGUGGAGGAUCUUGCAGGAUUUGAAUGUCGGGGUUUAUCAUGCUCCGCAGACUAUCGUGGCCUGCUGCGUGCUGCAUAACCUGUGCCAGAUUGCGAGGGAGCCGGAACCAGAACUGUGGAAGGAGCCGGAUGAGAAUGGACCGCAGCCAAGGGUGAUGGACAGUGAGAAGUCCUUGUACUUCUUUGGGGAGAGCUUGAGGCAAGCUCUUGCUGAUGAUUUGCACCAAAAGCUUUCAUCAAGAUAAUUUUCUUUGAAUUGACAAGAUGGUGAUUGGAUGAAUGAAUGAAUGAGGUGAUUGAUUGUGGCGAAAGUUAUUCCUCCUUUUUCAUAUUGUUCAUCGAGUAUUAUGUGUGUUGUUGUCUUUAGUUUUUGUUUGAAAAAUUUAUGAGCUUUGUGGUUAGUAUUAAGCAGUAGAAGUAGAAUAGAAGAUUUGUGGAUAUAUGAAUGUGAGUAUGUCAAUCCCUCCCAACUGUAAUGGCUCCCAUCCUAUGAUAGGGAUGUGGAGGAGUAGUAGUAUUACUAUUUACUAACAAUGAGUCUAAAUGAAUGAGGUGUUUCCAGACUAAGCUUUUACUGUAAUAGCAAACCUUGAUAAUACCCUCAACAUUUGGUUGUAAACAAUGAUCGCAUCAGUUCGAUUCUGCAACAGAUGAGUAGGCUAAGUUUUGCAGUUGAAUUUGUUAGCAUUAACAAACAGCUUGAAGGGAUAUAUUCUUUCUAUUAUAUUAUCUUGAUUGUUAGCUUCAA